AUGUCACUAAGGAAUCUAUUAGGACUACUGAAGCGAUUGAAUAGGCAAACCUUGUUGUUCCUGAAAAUUCAACAGAAAUCUUCAAUUGGCCCAACUGUAAUAUCGGCAAUACAACCACAUCGACGUUUUUCCCCUUCAUUAAUUGCAUCACAUAGGAAACAAGCCAACCAAUUUGACAAACAACAAAAGCCAAUUUUAAAAGAGCAACUAGGAGACAGCAUAAAACAUGAGACAGAACUUAUUCCCACAAAAGAACAGUUGUUGGCGAAAGCAAACAGCAUGUAUUCAAGAUUGAAAAUACGCUUGAAAUGGCUUCUUAAAAAAUCCAAUCGUCCUUUCAACACUGACGACUACUCGGCUUUCUUCUCCUGGUUGGUUGUUGGAAAUGUAUUUUUGUUUUUUGUUGCCACAACCACUUUUGUAUCGAUUGUCAUAUUUACGGCCAACACAAUGUUUGCUCAAGAAUUCGUGGCUAGGAAAUUGGGGGAGUUUAUCACAAAAAAUUCCAACUUAACAGUGACAUUUGAGAACGCAAUUGUUCCAGGCUGGUCAGAUGGUAAAAUAAGUUUUCGAAAAUGUUUUGUUAGCAGAAGACCCAAAAGAGUGGAGAAAUUUAUCAAAGGCUCGCAACAGGAAGCAUACGAAGAGAGCUUACAAAACGAAGGCACCAAUGAAGAUGAAGAGGAUAUUUUUGAGGAUGACGGCAAUUACACUCAAUUUGAUUUGACCAUCGAGGAAGUGAAUAUAUCUUUAUCACUUAACAAAUGGGUCAACGGCACUGGUAUGAUUGAGACAUUGGAAUUGAAAGGAAUGAGAGGAGUGGUGGAUAGAACUCAUGUUCAUUGGAAGCCCGACGACGAUGCCACUAAUUACAAGAAUAUACAUCAACCUGGUGACUUUGAAUUUGAAUCAUUCAAAAUGGAGGAUGUUUUGUUUACAUUGAUGCAACCAAAUGGGUUCAGGAAGUUUAAUGUUGCAAUUUACAAUUGUGAGUUAUCCAAACUAAGAAAGCAUUGGUUAUUCUAUGAUUUUUUGAAUGCUAAUGUCAUGAGUGGCGCAUAUGAUAACUCUCUUUUCACAAUACAUAAGAAGCAGCGAUUGAAUGAUUUCGACGAAUACGCCUCUGCUAAUGGUAACUUGCAGAAAUGGAAACGAGUCACACGUAUGAGAGUUGACUCUUUGAGUAUUGAUCAUUUAAAUACUGGCUUAGAAGGUCCAUUUGGCUGGAUUACAAGUGGACGAGUAGAUAUGAUUGGCGAUGUUAUGGUUCCCCAAGAAAACAACGAGAUGAAUGUUUCUGAGUUAGUAAGCAUGAUUACCGAUGCCAUCAAAAAGGAGGCAAGUCGAUAUAAGAACCCCGAAGUGCAAGAGAAACAUCCAAACUUGCGAACGAGAUUAACUGCAGAUGAUUAUCGCGAUAUUCUGAAAUACUUUGUAUUGGACCUAACCCUACGAUUAAACAAUGUGAGAGCAAAAGUCCCAUUUAAAUCGCCGGAAUUGUCAUAUAUCAAUUAUGCUCUUAUCAGGCCGAUCGUUGCAUACAUAAACUCAAAAAACAACUUUAUUGAAAUACACAAUAGAAUAGUUAAAAAUCUACAGGAUUUCAGUGGAUCAUGGACAAUUUAUGACUCUUUACUAAUGGAUGAUAUAUCUGAGGAAGUGUACGACAAUUUUGCAGAAUAUGUUGCUGAUGAAGAAGCCCGUCUAAUACGGUUGAAACGUAUUGGAUUCUGGUCUCUUCAAUUAUUGGUUCAACUUGUAUUGUUUGGAGUUGGCGCCGUGGCAUAA